AUGCAGCCUCUGACCUUUACUCAGCCCACGGCCCUGGUGCUAAUCGACAAUCAGGUCGGUUUAAAGCACCCAACUCACUGGGGCCCUGCGCGCUCCAACCCAUCAUACGAAGCAAACACUGCUGCACUGCUCGAGGCAUUUCGCAGCGCGCGCCAGCGCAGCCCGGCAUCACCAUCAAAAGUGCCCAUUCACAUCGUGCACGUCUUCCACUCUUCACUCUCGCCAGACUCCGCUUUACACCCAUCCAACCCAGAACAAAUCCAACCGCUCGACUUCGCUACCCCUGCGACAGAUGGAUCGGAGCCUGUGUUCUGGAAAUGUGUCAAUUCAUCCUUCAUCGGCACCGGAUUAGAGGCCUUUCUGCGCGAGAAUGGCGUGCGGCAGGUGUUUUUCGCCGGGUUGACUACGGAUCAUUGUGUAUCGACCACGACGCGCAUGGCUGCAAAUCUCGGGGUAGUUAACAAUGUCAUCUAUGCUUCAGAGGUACAACAGCGAGUGACCGUCAAACCAGAUGGGUCGCAUCCGGAGGGUGUCAUCCGCAUCGAUCAUGGUCGAGUUGUGCUUGUGGCUGAUGCGACAGCUACAUUUGCCAAGGGGGGAUUCGAUGCAGAAACGGUUCAUGCAGUGUCAGUUGCGAGUUUGGAAGGGGAGUUUGCAGACAUUUUCAGUACACAGGAUGUUGUCAAGGCAUUGGGUAGUGUAUAA